UAUAUUAUAAACCGCAUUUGGGUCCAAAUAACAUUAAACCUUUACUGUAUAAACUAUUAUGUAUGUAUCAUCUUCUUUUUGUCUUUCUGUGAAACUGAUUUUUUUUAUAAAGUCACACCCCUUCUGUUAAGCUAUAAAAUGAGCACCGAAACAGGCAUGUUCUCAUAUUCACCUCCUGAUCAAAGAUGGAUCUGCAACUCUCAGUUUUUCUUCUGUUCGCUCUUUUCACUGCAGGACACUCUCUCAGCUGUUAUCAGUGCCCUGGCACUACCUCAGACUCUUGUGUACAGAGCACAUGCAGCAAUGAAUCAUCCAGCUGCUUAGCUGCAACAGUAUAUAGCGGUGACAACAGAACAGUAGCUAAAGGUUGUUUUAUUUCCAAUGGCUGCCCAACCGGGUCCGUCCACCUCGGCAGUAUAAAAGCCUCUUUGUACUGCUGUACCACAGACCUGUGUAAUGCCCAAGAUGCUCCAGAUCCCAAGAACAACACUGCCAAUGGAAAGAUGUGUUACUAUUGUGAUGGACAGAACUGCUCAAAGACUUUGAGCUGUUCAGGGACUGAAGACCGCUGUUUUACACAAUCAGGGACUUUUAAUGGCCAUUUACUGGUUUACAAAGGCUGUGUCUCCAAAUCUCUUUGUGAUUCCACAACAUUUAAUCCGAUUGUUUCAAACUUCACAUGCUGUGAAGGGAACCUGUGUAAUGGUAAUACUGAUGUCACCCAGAGCACCACCCAAAGCACCACCACCCAGGCCGCCACUACUAAGAGCUCCACCCAGGGCACCACCAAGGGUGCUAGCGGUGCUCAGAGCGUCACUCAGAGCUUCCUGUUCCUCUGCUUUUCUCUGCUGUCCUUCAUCCUGCUGCACUGAAUCCAGCAGCUCUUCAGAUUCAACAAUGAGACACACUGUACAGAAUAUAGAGCUUACGUUUUUUCUCUACUAUAUUUGACAUGUUGUG